GGGCGCAUAAAACAAUUUGUAUCGUCAUAUCUCUGCAACCUAACCUGCACACGUUUUCACACUUACAUGUGAAAAAUAUAUUUUACAUUUUUUAUAAAGCAUAGACAGCUUUAAUCGACGUGUCUUCAUAAUAGUAAUAAUUAUUAAGUAGAUGUAGCAUAUUGUGAACUAUUUCGUAGUUUUAUCGUGUUCAUCCAUUCAUUCGUUUGUCUAUGCGUCGAUUUGCAAGAUUUUUCUAAAACAGCUUAACUAAUUUUUUCGUACUUUAUUUUCGUUUAAUAAAUAAGGACUAUAACUCUACUUAGGCGAAAUAGGAGACAAAUUAGUUGACUGUAAAGAUGUCAAAAGCCAAGAUGAUACACCUAAGAAUAUAUGAAUAUAUGGAUAUGGAUGACACAGAUGAUUCCUUGUUGGAUGUCGAUCAUGAAUCAUUAUUGGAUGAUUCAGUUGUGCAUAUUUCACCUCCUACCGUAAUAGACGUUAUUGAUUUAACUAAGGAAACACCAAGAUCUUUAACCCAAUCUUCAAGAUUACAUCCAAGAAAUGCUGAGGAUGUAUCUUCUAGUCAUAAUGUAACCAGUAGUUCAGAUCGUCGCCAUAGAAGACCCUUAUCUCCUAUAGUUUUUGGGAGCGCACAUAGACAAGAUACUCACAUGAAAAACCCCAGAAAGGAGAAAAGAGUGCCUUAUGCUACAAGUUCGAAUGAAGUUUUUACUCUUGAUGAUACUGGCGAAGAAGCUAAUAAAACCACUUAUACAGUUGAAUUUAAUGAUAAAGGACCAGUACCUUUAACAUGCCCAAUAUGCUUUGAGUCGCUGUCUUCUGAUAGAAAGCCGCUUACUACUCGUUGUGGACAUGUGUUUUGCACAGAAUGUCUCCAAACAAAUUUUCAUACAUCUAAAAAAUGCCCGACUUGUAAAUCAACUAUAACGUUAAAAUCUUGUACUCGUUUAUAUUUUUAAUAGUUAUUAACAAACAUAAAAGAGCGCUGUUCUAUAUUUUUUUACAAUAUUUUAACUUAUGAUUUAUGUAUAUAAAUUGAAAAUAAUUGUGAAUUUGAAAUUAUUAAUUAUAUUUUGCCACAGAGAAAUGUAUUCUUAUAAUGUUUGUCAUUUAAGAACAAAUGAAUCUUAUAUACGUUCUAUUAAUUAUAUUUAUACCUUAUUUUGAAACUUAUUUCUGGAUAUAAAAUUUGUAAUGUUUAGAAAAAACAGCUUCCUCUUAUUUGAUCAUUGAAAUUUUAAGCAAAUUUCCAUUUUCAAAAUGACAAUUCAACAAUAAUUAUAAUAACGUUAUAAUACAUUUAUAUUACACACACACACACACACACACACGCACAUACAUACACAGGUAAAAAAUUACUAAACUUCUAAUUUUUUGUUGAAAAAAAAAAUUAUUUGACUAGAUAUAUGGCAGGUUAAAUUGAAAUAUAGAUAUACAAUAAAUUCUAAUAAAAUUUUUAUUAAUCAAAAAUAUUUUCAUAUCCAUAUACACAUGCAGAGAGAUACAGAGUGUGGGAGAGAGAGAGAGAGAGAGAGAUAAAUACAAAUAAUCUUCAAUCAAAGAAUUUUCAAAUAUUGAAAUUUGAACAGUUAUAACUAUACAUUUUAAAAAUAAAUAAUAGAUAUGUUAUCUACUUCAAGUCACCUAUAUCAUAAAAUAAUAAAUUUAAACAAAAUUAGAAUUGACAUAUCUUAAUUAUCCUGAUUAAUUUGAAUGAAACUCUAAUGUAUGUUUAGAUAUCUUAUUUACACAGGAGUGAUUAUAUUUAUGUAUUUAACUGUUUAUACUAACAUGUAACCUUGAGGUAUCCAUUAGCUCUAUAGAAGAAUAACUUGUCAUUCUCUGCAUGGAUGUAGGCAACAAGAUAAUCCUGUUUAAAAUAAAAUUUUUUUUGAAACCCA